AUGGUGACGGGCCCGGUGCCGGGCUCCCGCAGCCGGGACCGAGCCGCGCCGCCCCCGUGCCCGGCCCCGGCUCCGUGCCCGUCGGCGAGCGGGCGGCGCGGCGGGGCGGCGGCGGCGGGGGCGGUGCUGGCGGGGCUGUGCGCCCUCUGCUACGGCAACUCCCUGCGGGGCGAGUUCGUGCACGACGACGUCUGGGCCAUCGUGAACAACCCCGACGUGCGGGCGGCCGCCCCCGUGGCCGCCGCUUUCGCCAACGACUUCUGGGGCAAGCGGAUGGCCGAGAACACCAGCCACAAGUCCUACCGGCCCCUCUGCGUCCUCACCUUCAAGUUAAACAUAUUGCUGGCUGGUAUGAACCCCUUCUAUUUCCACGCAGUGAAUGUAAUUUUACACUGUCUAGUGACUCUUGUACUGAUGUACACUUGUGACAAAGCUGUGUUCAAGGACUGUCGACUUGCUUUUGUCACGGCGCUGUUCUUUGCUGUGCAUCCCAUUCACACCGAGGCUGUAACAGGUAUAGUAGGCAGAGCGGAUGUCCUAGCCUGUCUACUCUUUCUGUUGGCUUUUCUCUCCUAUAAUAGGAGUGUGGAUCAGCUUUAUGUUGGGGAACAUUUCCCUCCCACUGCCUCCCCAUUCUUUUUGCUGCUUAGUUUAUUCCUUGGGACGUGUGCAAUGCUGGUGAAAGAAACUGGAGUCACUGUGUUUGGUGUGUGCUUGGUUUAUGACUUCUUUUCCCUCUCCUGCAAUGGACUCAAACUGAGAAAUGGAGGGAUCCACCAGAGACUUGCCCGGCAGCCGACGGCCUCUCCCUCUGCCCCGCUGCAGGUGCCUCUGGCUGGCCGGGAGAAUGGGAAGCAGCGCUUUGCUCACCGGGGCACCUGGAGCUCCUGCCACCCGGUGUCACCCGAGGAGCAGCGCAGCGGUGGCCUUUCUGUGCCCAGCAAAGCCAUGUGGGCCAUUCGGAGCUACUUGACUGCAAAUAACAACCAGAAUUUCUUGUAUACUGCAAGGCCUUUUUUGAAGAGAGCUGCUUUGGUGAUAAGCUAUGUGAUUCUCGUGUUGUAUUUCCGCCUCUGGAUAAUGGGAGGAUCCAUGCCAAUGUUUUCGGAGCAGGACAAUCCAGCUUCAUUCUCACCGUAUUUUCUGACGAGGUUUCUAACUUAUUCCUACCUUCUGGCCUUCAAUGCGUGGCUUCUGCUGGCACCAAUCACCCUGUGUUACGACUGGCAGGUCGGUAGCAUCCCUUUGAUCGAGUCCAUCUGGGACACGAGGAACUUGGCCACAGUAUUCCUGGUGCUGGUGAUGACAUUACUCAGCCUACACUGCAUAGCUGCAUUCAAGAAACUGGAACACAAAGAAGUUUUGGUUGGCUUGUUGUUCCUGGUUUUCCCCUUCAUCCCAGCCAGCAACCUCUUCUUCAGGGUGGGAUUUGUGGUGGCAGAGCGAGUCCUUUACAUGCCGAGUAUGGGUUACUGCAUCCUUUUUGUCCAUGGUCUAAAAAAACUGUCUACAUGGUUAAAGAAGUGGAGAAUUACAGCUCUGACCCUCUUUGCUUUACUGCUGCUGCUGUUCUCUUGGAAGACAGUGAAACAGAAUGAAAUCUGGCUGUCACGAGAAUCCCUUUUCAGCUCAGGAGUGAAGACCCUGCCCCACAAUGCCAAGGUGCACUACAACUAUGCCAAUUUUCUGAAAGACCAGGGCCGUAACGUUGAAGCAAUCUACCACUACAAAACUGCUCUCAAACUGUACCCUCGACAUGCAAGUGCUCUCAACAACUUGGGGACAUUGACCAAAGACGUAGUGGAGGCAAAGGACUACUACAGACGGGCCCUUCAGUUAAACCCUCAGCACAAUCGAGCUCUUUUCAAUCUUGGCAACCUGCUCAAGUCACAAGGGAAGAAGGAGGAAGCUGUAAUCUUACUGCGGGACUCCAUUAAGUAUGGCCCAGAGUUUGCAGAUGCUUACUCAAGCCUGGCCUCUCUGCUGGCCGAGCAGGAACGGCUUAAGGAAGCAGAGGAGGUCUAUAAGGCUGGCAUAGAGAAUUGUCCAGAGAGCUCCGAUCUGCAUAACAACUACGGCGUUUUCUUGGUCGAUACUGGGGCUCCAGAGCGAGCUGUGUCCCACUACAGGCAGGCCAUCCACCUGAGCCCUUCACACCAUGUGGCCAUGGUGAACCUGGGCAGGCUUCACCGCUCCCUGGGGCAGAACAAAGAGGCUGAAACAUGGUACAAGCGGGCACUGAAGGUCUCCCGGAAGGCUGAAAUCCUGUCCCCGCUGGGAGCUCUGUAUUACAACACAGCACGCUACGAAGAGGCCUUGCAGGUUUACAGAGAAGCGGCUUCGCUGCAGCCUUCAAACAGAGAGAUCCGACUGGCGCUGGCUCAGGUUUUAGCCAUGAUGGGACGGACAAAGGAAGCCGAAAAGAUGACGAAUCAUAUACUCCGCGAGGAUAUGGGGUGUCUGGAGUGCUACCGCCUUCUGUCAGCCAUCCACAGCAAACAGGAGCACUAUGCCAAGGCACUUGAAGCUAUAGAAAAAGCUCUUCAGCUAAAACCAAAGGAUCCAAAAGUCAUCUCAGAGCUCUUUUUCACUAAAGGAAACCAGCUAAGAGAACAGAAUCUCCUUGACAAGGCUUUUGAGAGCUAUAAACGGGCUGUGGAGCUCAACCCAGACCAAGCACAGGCUUGGAUGAAUAUGGGAGGCAUUGAGCACAUCAAGGGAAGCUACGUCACUGCCCGUGGCUACUAUGAGAAAGCCUUACAGCUGGUUCCAAACAGCAAGUUGCUCAAGGAGAAUCUGGCCAAACUGGAUCGCUUGGAGAAACGGUUUCAAGAAGUCCAGGAGAAGGACCAAACAUAGCAUUCAGUCACCAGUGGAAACAAACUCAUGCCCCUCAGAGAAGUGUAUGGUGGAAGCCUAUUGCUCAAAGUGAUGAUGAAGGAACUUUGAUAGGAUUCAGAAUGGCAGAAGGCAAAUUUUGAAUGCAUGUUUAUGUUUGACCAAAGUUACAGGAGACACUCAGCUCCUGUGGGACAUGCUGGAGAAUGAAUGAAUGAAAACAUUCCUUUAAUCAAGAUUUACAUUUAGGCUGAACCCAUUUUGAUCACACCAGGAAUGUGGGUGGGACAUGUACCUUCAGUAUCUCGGUUAUCACUGGGGAAACCCUGGAGACAAAGCAAUCACCUAUUGCAGCAGGGGUGAAGUGGCACCUCCUGUUACUCAACACAGGCUCACCUCGUCCACAUAAAGUACCACUGAUGGGUUUCGUUGCAAGCGCUGCCAGAUCCCUCUGAGCCAGGAAAAAUGGUCAUAAUGGUCACAUAAAAAGGUUUCAAGGGGUUAAUACUGUGGAAGAGGUAGCUGCUUUUACAGCUCUAAUUGUGACUUGAAAAUUAUUCUAAAGAAAGGGAAAAUGGUAUCCGAAUGUCACCUUAGAAAGAUGAUUCUACAAGUAGGACAAAUGAUCCUUUGAGGGAAAACCUCAUCUGAAUGUUUUACUCAUAAGAGUCAUUUUGUAGCAAUUUGGGUUAAUAGUGUCAGUAUUAUCAAAUAUCAUAUGGCUUUACCCUUUGCCCUCUCCCUCCAGGACAAAUAAUUAUUACUCUGAAAAAAAAAUGGAAGCAUCCAAAGAUAGUUGGAAGAUCUACGAUUACUUGUCCUCCUGUGCAGUCCCCACUAAAGAAACAACCAACCAAUCAGAUCAGUGUAGGAGGUAAAGCCACGGAGAGAUUAAAGAAGAUUUUCUAGCCUGGAAUGGUACUGAGAAGGCUUUUUUUUUAUGGAUGUGCAGGAACAAAGCCUGUUUAUCAAAACACUUUGUCGAAGUGUUCUCACCCACUCCCCCAAAAGAUAAAGAAAAUGACCUAUAGCUGAUCCAUCAUAAAUCUAUAUUUUUAAAUACUGAAGUGGGAAGACAAAUUCUCUUCUGAAAUGGGGCUUUUAUUUUUGAGCUUUAUUUAUUUAACUUAUAGUAAUACUCAAAUAAAUAAUAUAUUUUCACUGGUUUAUAUGAGUUGAGCACAGCUGGCCAUAUGGCUGGGCAUUGGUGACUUGUAUUGUCUGAACUUAGAACAAUGCAGUACCACAAGACACGCUUGGAAACUCCCCCUGAUGAUGUUUCUAAAGUAAAUGGCUGUAGAGUACAUGGGACGAUACUGUCACUCCAGCAGCAGCACUUCUGCUGCUUCCACCAGGGUUUGCACCAGUUCACGUGGCAUGUUAAUAGGAUUGUGCUUGGUGCUACUGCCUUUGGGUGUGGACAACAGGUUAAGUCAUCAGUUUGUUCCUCUUGCAUCAGGAAACCACCACACAAAAAAAAGUUGUUGUAUGUGAACUUGAUUGUGUCAAUCCCUGCAGAAGAGCAUCCUGGGCUUUGCCAUUGUUAGUAAAGGACGGUCCAGAUUAGUUCUGUGAUGCCUUGAUACACGUCUGUCAAGAAAAGCCUAUGUGUCAGUGACCCAUAUGACACUCAAAUUUACUUGGUGCAGGCCAUGUCACCUCAGCAAGCUUCAAAUUCAGCCAGCAUGAUGGGACAGAUGUGUGCUGGUGGCUUGGCUGGUUUCCUUUAAAAAGCUCAGUGUGUGGCCACUGCUGGUGGUUCAGUUACUGACAAGUUGUUAGCAUGACACAGCUGUAUUUGGAGCUUGAGGGAGUCUUCACUGGUGCAGAUGUCUGCCCUGCCAGGGACUGUGGACCUGCUAGAGCCGUGGCUGUGUGCCCACUGAUUCAAGGCUGGACUUGGGAGGGAUAGGUCCCAACUUGCCAAAGAGAUCAGCCAGUGCCCACAGCUGGGCAGAGAUGGGAGGGAGUGGCUAUUGUGGGGAGAAGGUGGUGACAGACAUUUCUGGGCUCUCUGUCUUUGAACUACCUUCCCAAAGGAGCAGAAGGGACCAAAAUAAGUCUUUUGCUGGUGAAUUUCCCCUUCUGCUCCCAGUCCCAGCAGCCCACUUUGCUUUCUAGGGCUGAGGGCAGGUUUGAGGUCUUGAGUCUGGGUCAGCAACCCUUUUUUUUUCACAUGACUUUUAUGUCUUUGGAUUUGCUGACAUUUCUGCACGUCUCCAGCACAGGCACUCCACUAAAAGCCAUGCAUGGAGGAGUAUUGCACAACAUUGGUACUGCCAGGAUGGCCAGGAAUAGAUGGAGUCAUACCAACAGAGUCUGAUGGAAUGGGGAUACCAAUGCUUAAAUGGGCUCUAUGAGCAGUUGGUUCCCCACUGUGUAUUGCAAAACUACAGAUGGCUCGUUACUGGGGUAUUCAGAGGUACCUGAGUACUGGAGUACUCAAAGAGCUCCCUGCCUCUGCCCAGGGUGAGCCUUCCUUGGGGGCACUUUCACCAAAGACCCAUGUGCCCAAGCCGGCUGCUUGUCUGUGGUAUGGCUGUGUGGCAGCGAGUCUGGGGCUGUCAGAGCACUAUUUCAGGCAACCCCCAACAGCCAUGCCAUGCAAACCCUCCCCACAGGGGGAGGCACCUGCAGAGUGCUCCAACAGCUACCUGAAACAUAGGGGGAUAGGUGUGUGUGGGGGGAGAUAUUUCUCAUUUGAAAACAUGUAUCAGCUAUAAACUUUGCUUCAUAAAGUUAUAUUAAAUAAAUGCUAUAUAUUCUACAGGCCCCACAACAGUGUGGCUUCAAAUUGUGGCCAAUGGAACAUAUUUUUUCAAAUAAAGAAGAAGUUGUAUUUUUUAUAGCAAAGCCUUGUGAGGGGGAAGAGUUGGUUUUGUGUUUUUAACUUCAGCUUAAAUCUUAGUUUGUCUUUCCUGAGAGGCCUGGUAGAAAUGAUUGUCCCUUUCCUGUCCUUAGAACCUGAUCAAAGCCAUCUUGACCUCCUAAAACCAAUGCAUGUCUAAAGGUAUAAUAUAGCUUUGGGUGCCUGCUUCCCAGAUUACCCAAGGAUUACUAUAUUUGCAACACUGUCUUACUUGCAGAAUAAUGUAGGAAGGUGAGACCAUCCGCCUGGUGAGGGAGGCGGUCUGGUUGGAAAGCAUAGCAUAUGUUCAUCCACUCACCUGAAUUAGGCAGGUAAUGUAUCUACAGAGUUUAGUUUCAGUCAAACUGGAUUAUGUUUAUAUGCCAAAAGGCUGACUCUCCACAUUUUGAAGAGGGGUUUGUGGUAGCUAUGGAGAGAGGAGGGCUCGAUUUUCCUGAACCAGCACUUUAUACCCCCCUAUGCAGGAUGACGGUGAUGGUCUGCAAACUGGCAGCGUAUUUGGAGGAACGAUGGUUCAGACCCUGGGCUACCAAAGCAGUAAAACUUUUAUGAAGUUCUGAGCUGACUCCCUGUCUCAUUGGUGUCCACACUGAAGUGUUGUGUUCGUUGAGAACAUUAAUCUUACGAAAGGUUUAUUUGCAGGCGAAGAGGAAUGGAGUAUGAUACGAUAUGGGUUUACCUCCAGUGAAAGGAAGGGCAGUUGUGGAAGAUAAAUAGAGCAACUUACUUUGUGAUAAACUGGAUAUUAUCCUAAUUAAUCAUAGGAAAUGUCCUCUUCUUCUAGCAUUGCACAGGUUCUAAAAUAAUGAGUUCUAAAUACAUUGUUUUCUGCCAACUCCAGUGCUCAGCAUGGUUAGCAGAGAUUACAAAUUAAUAAAUGGCUGAAGCUUUACCUUGUGAGGGAGAGUUUGCUCUUUCUGCAAGCUUCAUUGGCUAAACCUCAGUGCUCACCAAUACUGAAGUGGAGAAUUAACACAAAGCUGGUUAGACAGGACUUUCAUAUAUUCACUGUGCAUCUUAAUUCUAAAUGAGAAACAUAAUUGUGUUGCUUUUUCCUUUCCCCGUGAAUAAUAUUUUUGGCUGAUAGAUUUUUGUUCUAUUUCAUUGCUUAUUUAAAGUCUCACAUUCUUUACUUCUAUUCCUUUUCCCAUCCCCUGAGAUAAAUGAUGUGGUGGGGGCAAUUUCUCUCUCUUACAGACUCCUUGGACUAGAAUUUCCUACAAAUGCGCAGGCAACUUGUUUUGGCCAAAGAGUAAAUGAAUGCAGCAGUGUAAAUGUCCUUCAGUCCAGAGAUCUUGAUGAGGACAGGGUGGGGGGUGAUGGGCAUGUAUGCACAUGGGUGAAAGAAGUCUAAAUCAGAAAAAAUCCAAAAUAAAGAGCCUAACUUGCAGGGGAGGCUGGAAAUCCCUCAAACUGUCUAAAAGCUACAAAAGCUUUUCAACAGUUACAGAAAAAAAACAGGUGAAAUAUAAUGUACAGUAUUUGGUAAAGAAAAAUGAUUGCCAUUCUAAUUUUAAUAAUUAGGUCAUUUAAAAUACAAUUGUAUUGUAAAAUGAUUGUAAAAUACAAUCUUUUGUCCCACUUGUCCUCAGCUCAGUGAAACAGUUGGUAUAUGCUUAAGCCUCCUCAAUCUGUAUGUGAUUUAAGUUGACCAAGUGCUCAAAUUCUGUCUUUCAUAUAUGCAAUUAUGCUCAAUCGUUGGAAUAUAAUAGCCCUUAGAGAGGGGUGGUUUUUUUCCUCCAACCUUCUGUCUCUUGCAGCAAUUUCAAAAUGCACCAUUUUGCUUUCAUUACAUUUAAAGCCAGCAGAAAACAAAAAAAAAGGAAAAGAGGGGAGGGUCAAAAAGCGCUUGGCAUUCACUAGUGUUUCAUUGUGGCAAAACUGCUUCAGGAAAUGUUGGUAACUUUGUGCAAAAGUUCAUUGCCACGUUUGUACUGACUUGCUGACAUUUUUUUUUCUUCUGGAAAAUCCACCUCCCCCCCCCCCAGUGGUAUCCUCUGUAAAAGUUAUGGCUUCUCCACCUGUAUUACUGUAGAAAUCUCUGCCUGAAGUGGAUGUCGCACCGUGUGUUCCUCUCACUCGGGAAUUGUUUGCGUUGCCUGUUGUUAAUAUGGUUCCUACUUCUGUACCUGAUUCUUUUUUAAUCAGUUGUAUGUGUCUUUUUCUUUCUUUUUUUAAAAAAGAAAACAGCCCAUGGAUUUGAAAACUUUUAAAAAGAAAUCCACACUUAGCAGUUGCUGAAUAUAUGUCAGUGGUACAGGAACUUGCAAAGCCUUUGCUUUUUUCACCGUGGGACUUAUGGCUAGACGUCACAUAAAGGAGCUAUGCUCUCCAAGUCUUUGCAAAAGAAAAUGUAUGUAAAUGUCUAUUUUGUAUAAAAAGUAAGAAAAGUAA